AUGGUCAGUUUAAAUACACAACAUGGACGAAGUGGAGGAGGCAUCUCCUUCGAUGAUCGGUCAUUUACUGGUGCUGAUGAAGUUACUCAAGAAAAUACGCCUCUUAUUGAUAGUAUAGAUCAACCGUAUCGACCCAUUCGAACAACUGGCUUCAUUGUGAUACAUAUUCUUCUUACGAUGGCUUUUAUGGCGAGUAUUGUGCUCUUUCCAUCUACGAUAUGCGUUGAUAAUUCCUAUAAUAACACGACGGUCAAAUGUAAUCAUCAUUCUGGUUACAAUAUCGCGUUAUAUAUUCAUGCUGGCGCUUACAUGAUUAAUCUUGGUUUUGAUCGAUUAUAUCAUCAUUAUCAAGAUUUAUCUCGACUAGAUGGUUACCUGGAAUUCUAUCGUCAGACAAGAAAUCUACGACGUACACCAUUAUUUAUUAUUUCAACAGGAAAUGCAAUUCUUGUUGCGUUAAUUGAAUUGCUUGAAAAUUUUCGAAAUGAUUUAGUAAAACUAAGUGUGAAACUGUAUCCAUGGCAUUUUCUUGUUAUGCUGUCGUCUAUCGAAGUACUCAUUAUAUUAAUUGCACUUCUAUGGUAUCUUGUUCUCACAAUUAAAUUUAACCAAAAGCGAGCACGACCAGAUGCAACUCAUGAUGAUUUACUUUCGAGUUUUGUUACAUCACAGACAUCAGCUAAUGAAAUUGGUUUUCGUGAUGAAACUUAUCGAGAAAAUGUUCUCGAAAAACAAGCUGAUUUGAUUCGAUAUUUACGCGAACGUAACGAACUAUUAGGUCGUCUUGUUCUUCAAUUUAAAACACAAGUUGAUACACAACCAAACCAUAAUUUAUAA